CCCAGAGGAGUUUGGAACGUUCCCUUUGUGAGCACCUGCUACUUGGUGCGUGGAUGCACUUUACGAAAGUCGGAGGUCAACUAUUCCUGCAAGAAGUUCAGUCCCGAGCAAGCCUUUGCCUCCUCCUUGCGAGAUCAGGGCAUAUUUAUGUUUGUGGACAAUAUGGUUGACUAUGGACACCUUGUCAAUGCGGACAACUUUGGUAUUUCCCACAUCAACAACGAGCUUUAUCAAAUUUUGGAAAAUCGAGAGGAUUUCGAGCGGCGGUAUUUGCACGAAGACUAUGCCAAAUAUUUGGAACCUGAUCGUAUCUUGCAUCAGCCCUGUCCAGACGUGUACUGGUUCCCCUUAUUCACUCCGAGAUUUUGCCAAGAAUUGAUUAUGGAGGCAGAAGCUAACGGUUCAUGGGUCACCGGAGCCUAUAACGAUCCUGUUCCGACGCAAGAUAUCCAUAUGGAAUAUAUAGGACUUGCAGAAAUGUGGGACUUAAUGCUAGACGAGUACAUUUUACCCUUGGUCUCCAGCGUUUUCACCGGAUAUGUCGAUACUCCACAUUGCCCUCACAAAUUCAUCGUUCGGUAUCGACCAGACGAACAAGCCUAUCUGCGGCCUCACCAUGACACGGCCACUUACACCAUUAAUUUGGCUCUCAACAAUGCUAAGCUUGACUACGAAGGUGGUGGUUGCCGCUUUAUCAGAUACAAUUGCUCCGUGCAAGACACUCGGCUAGGGUGGAUUUUGAUGCACCCUGGAAGGUUGACGCAUUACCACGAAGGUUUACCGGUUUCAAAGGGUACUAGAUACAUUCUUGUUUCAUUUGUUGAUCCUUAGAGGUCCUUAAAAUAAUAUUAAACAUUCAACUUUUACAUAUUUUAUGAUUAAUUAUUUUUUUUAAAUAAAGAAGUAAUAAUCAAGUAUAGCACGAUUCAGUGAUACAUUCACAAUUCACAUAUUGAUAAAUAAAAGGAAAAGUUGCCCAAAAUUAGAAGAAAAGAAAUCUCUUAUCUGUAGGUUGAUGAUCACUGUAAAAUUAUAAAUGAAAUGAAUAAAGCUUAA